AGCGUGAGACAGCGGUGGAGAUAAAGAGAAGAAGAAGAAAAAGAAGGAGGAGAAGAAGAAGAGGAGGAGGAGGAGGAGGAGGCAGUGUCCGUGUGGAGGAUAAACCCCGCAGACAAACAGACCGGACCGGACCGGACCGGACCGGAAAGAAAGACAACAAACGUGGCUCGCGCCACCCUGAGGAAUAUCACUUCAUUUUUCGCUGUUGUUCUUAAAUUUGCUGUUUUUCAAGCGGAGUUCUGUUCUGUUCCGGACAGCUGCUCCUGACCCGUGUGUGCGCCCGCUCAGAGGUGCUGCGAGGCUCUCACGCCAAACCUAAUUUAUAAAAACCUUCAUUUAAUAUUUGUAAGGCAGUGUGUGUGUGUGUGUGUGUGUGUGUGUGUGUGUGUGUGUGUGUGUGUGUGUGUGCACGUGCGCGCCCACGCCCCCCGUCCCGUGUCCAGCAUCAGCACGCGGCAGAUCGAUGAGGAUGGAUUUAUUUACCUGAGCACGCGAGCAGAAGAUUUAAUUGUGUUCUGAUGCUGCUUGUUUUUACCGGAUGGAUUCCUGGAUAUUAAAUGAUACAGAACUGGACUGGACACCACAGAAGAAGAGCAGAAGACAUGGCGGGCUGAGCGGAGUCCUCCAGGCAGACAGUCCCGUCUGAAGCGGAGACCAGAGGACUGCAGGCCCACAGCAUGGUGGAUGUCACCGCAUCUUACAGGAUGAACCCGCUAGCUGCACUCAGCAUCGACCGCAAUGCUCUGGUGGGGGAAACCUACCGCCAACACGGAGGAAUUUUCUACCCUGGCAUUCACCUACUCUCUGGAGAAAAGCCCCAGGAGGCUGGCACUUCUGUCCCGCUUGGCUAUGAUCUCUUGUACAAACCAGAUGUAACCCUGUUGGAUGGCCAUAAAUCUGCAAAUGGAUAUGUUGGACUCUAUAAGAGCCCACCACCAGGGUUGCAGAAACCUCUACUUGUCUCUGCUGGGGUUGAUGGCCUGGGGCUAGACCGCCGAGCUCUACCCAGUGACAAGCAGUCAGAAAUGAGUUUGAAUGGUGCUGGCAGCUUCCUGAGGUUGCCCUGGAUCAGCCCUUAUGCUGAUGCAACGAUGUACCCCUUCCUGGACAUGGCAUACAAGGCCUCUUUCCUGUCCCAGCCAUCACCCUUUAUCCACCAGCAGCUGGCAUAUCAAUCUCUGUGUUCCUCUGGGGCAGGGAGUAGCGCAGCUGGGGAAGAGAGACUUUUCUACCUGCCUCAUUACGCCCCGGCCCAUAUCUCAUCCCCGCUGGGCCCUCCAAUACGAAUCCAUACAGCAAAUCCAACUCCUGCUGUCCUUUCACCCCUGCCCCACUGCCAGGGCAAGGCCUUACAAGGUCCGGGUCCUCAGGUACAUCAGGAACACUCUACCUUCAGCACCAGUCCACAGAUCCACCAGGAGUCUCAAUCUGUCCACCAUGCUGAGCGACAACAAAGUAGCAGUGGCACUAAAACCACGCUUAGCAGCAAAGGAGGUGGAAGUGGUGGUGCCCCUAUUAACAGUUCAGCUAGCACUGCUGCCUCAGAGUCACCUCCAGUUACCCGAACUCCUUGCUCAGUUCCCCAACCUCAGCCUCUCAGCACCAACACCACAGACCUCCAGAAGUCACUUUACAGAAGCACCUCCCCAUCCUUAACCUCACUUUCUGUGUCUCACACCUUUUUCUCACCCCUGAGCUCUGAGAACUGCACUCCGAUGCACUCAGGCAGCAACAAAACCAAAGACGCCAGCUCAGACUGCUGUAGUGCAGAGAAGUACACAUCACCUGCAAAGACACCAGUGGACAGAGCUGUACCUCAAACACCAGCCAAAAACCCUGGGGAAAAACCUUUGGAUCUGUCUGCCAAAGAGAUGGAAGGAAUCUCAGAUGGAUUACCUUCCAAAUUUAAUGCUCUGGGCAAAUUAGGGUACGUACCACCAUCUCGUUAUGGGCUGCUAGCCACUCAGGACAGGCACUUAAAGGAGAGUCUACCCCCACCUGUUAGCACGUCAGCAAUGACUCAAGAUCAUCCUGAAAUCAUCAGCACUGUACCCUCUCCUUGGGUUGUUCCAGGUCCUUGCCAAACGCUCAGCUCUGACCACAGCACAGCUUCCGGGAUUAUAAAAGAUAAGAAUUCAGAUCAUCAUCCACAGCCCCAAAGCUCACCUGGCUCCACAGCAGUUGAGGUUGCCAGUAGUCAAAACCCUGUUGCAGCGGGAAAACCCUCUGCUUCAUCUCCUUCCUCAAAGUCCAAAGUUGAACGAAUUCCCCCAAAUGAUGUGGAGAAUGUCCAUCCAAACAGUAAAGAAGAACCUCAUACAUGCCCUGGAAAACAGAGCAUGACUCCUGCGAAGGUAGAGGCUAACACACAGCAGCAGCCUCGUGUGGAAAAUGGAAACUCCUCUGGUCAAAUCUAUGGUGACUCCUAUCUCCCUCCUGGCUUAGGUUACACUAACCGCUACAUUCCAUACUCAGUUGCUGAGAGUAUGUCUUUGCAACGUAUGACUAUACCAGGAAAGGGGCCUGUCUAUCCCCAUCCAGUCCUGCUUGGCAACAACAGUUUUUACCCAUCUCGCAUGGCACCAAAACAUUGUCCUCCAUAUGGAGUACAUUCAAACCAGGGUGACUUCCUGACUUCAUACCAGAAUUCGCGGGGCAUAGCCCCUCCACCUAUUUCCUCAUACCCAGGUCAUGAUGGACUUGCCACGCAGGGUAAAACCUGGAAUGCUGAAGCAUACAAGAACGUGGACAAGCCUGAUGCUGACAGAUCCCACAAGAGUGAUAAUGACAGGGAAAAGUCCACAAACCAAACCAUAAAGGCUUCAAGCAAAAGCUUUGCUUCUGCAAGAGAUGAUGUUGUAUUUAUUGAUCUGGUGCGGGAUGAGGAAGAUGAUGAGUUGUCCACCAACAAGCCCAGCUCACAAUCUACCAUAAGAGAGGAUUCCUCCAAGCAUGGUUCCAGUGGCUGUAAUCACAGUCAAGAAAGAGAGCCAUGGCCUCCAAAAGCCCUGCCUCUGAGCCAGGCAGCAGCGCAAAGUCAAGACUUACUACCCCACACUUCCCAACCACAACUGCCUCAUCACAACUCUUCUUCACCUCCCCCUCCACGUGAGGAGAUCUCAGAGGACACCCAGGAAAAUGAUGAUCCACUUAGUCCACUGCCGGACAUCCCAGAGGAGCAGACAAUGAGCUGUGCCCGAACGUCUCCAAGGCAGUUCUCUAGAAAAUGUAAAACUGGACCCUCUGCUGGUGCAGGGGACUUGACAAGUGUCAAUGAUGGUGUUGAUGGGAAAGGUGAUAGUGAGGAAGCAAAGUCAGAGGCCUUACACAAUAAACAUGUAAAUCCUGAGAAGAGCCCCUCAAGAAAUGGCAACUCACUGUGUCCUGUUUGCAAAGAAGAUUGUUCAGGUCAUUGUAAAAGUUCUAGCAUUAUGGGAGCAGUGUGUACAGUCACCAGCACCUGUCAUUCAGACAGUCCUGUACCAGCAUGUAGAGAUUUAAGUCCCCAGAUACCAUCUUGCAGGAGUUUUAAUCCCAGGGCUCCAGCAGGGGGAGUUAUGAACACCAGGCCUGCACUGCGUGUUAACAUGAACCCAGGAAGUCAUGCAUGUAACAGUGGAGAUGUAAACAGUCAAAAUUUUGCCAACAUAAAUUUUGUGGGUCCAUGUUGCAGAAAUCUGAGGGCUCCAACGUGUGAACCCAGAAUUUUAAGCGGUCAACCAUUUGGAGGUAGCGACCCCGUGACUCCUAAUUGCAGGAACAUCAAUCCCAGCUUUACAAAUUUUAAAGACCACAAUGCUGUGCGCCCAGUUUCUGGAAACCUCAAUCCUAGGGCUCCUGCAUGUGGAAAGAAUUGUUUAAGUUGUGGAAAUACCCUCUCUAAUGGCCAGUCUUUAGGAAAUAACCAGACCUCUGUGGAUUACAAUACAAGGGUUCCGACAUAUAGGAAGACAUUUUCUCUGGGCCCCACUUGUCAUCAGCUUUCAUCUGUCAAACCUUCCAAUGGAGGAUUGAUGCUAGCAGAUCAGACUCCAGAAAGACAAAACAGCCAAAACCUGCAGUGUCAUAACUUUUCCUCCAGUGAGUUAGAGCUUGGAAGAGGGACACCAAACUCUGACAUCACCACUGAUAGCUGUGGAGAUGGUAGGAAAGACAUUGAGGACAGCAUGGAUCCCCUGGCAGACGAAGAUGAUGGCCUGGGAUGCAACAAGAAUCGGCGCUCCAGCCUCACGAAACGCAUAGCCAACUCAUCGGGCUAUGUGGGGGAUCGGUUUAAAUGUGUGACUACGGAGCUUUACGCUGACAUCAGCAAACUGAGUAGAGAACAGAGAGCGCUUCAGCGCGCCAUGCUGCGCUUCUCCGAGCUGGAGCUGAAGGAGAAGGAGGGAGAAGGAGGAGAAGGAGGAGAAGGAGGAGAAGGAGGAGAAGGAGGAGAGGACAAAGAAGACAAUGACGAAGAAGGAGAAGAAAGGAUGACAGCAGCGGUGGCGGCAAGAGAGACGGAGCUGGCAGACAGCCAGCAGGAAGACGGAGGGAGGGAGGAAGAAGAGGAGGCGGAGGAGGGGAGGAAGAGACAGGGAGGAGGAGGAGGAGGAGGAGGAGGAGGAGGAGGAGGAGGAAGAGGAGGAGGAAGAACUCCCUCUGCAGCCGCCGCCGAGGCACCGAGAGGUUUCCAUCCGUCCUGCCCUCACAGCCGCCUGCCCGUCUCCUCGCUGUGCCGCCACUCCGACAACCCCCCCGUCCUCCGAGAGACGGAUGGCGGUUCAGUGGGGGAGGACAAAAACGAAGAGGAAGGAGGAGUUCUGCAGGAGAAGAAGAAAGAGGAGAGUUUAGUCUCACCAACACAACAUCAACAACAACAGCAAAGGUUUCUGUCCACAGGCAGAGGACUGUUUCAGGGAAACGCCUCCACACCGGGACACGGAGCGUCCAGUCUCAGCACAGCGAUAAACCGGAAGCGUAUUUUUAGUCUGGAGCCUUUUCACCAGAGUAGCAUCGCCAGCAGCCGGCUGAAGAGAGAGAGGGAGGAGGAGAGGGAGGAGGAGAGGGAGGAGGAGAGGGAGGAGGAGGACAGAACCGGCCCGUUCAACAAGAAGUUCAUCCCCGACUCGACUCUGGAGGACGUGAAGAAGCUGAAGGUUUGCAUCGAGCUGAAUGGCCUCAGACUGAACAAGCCCCGCCUCCCUGCUGAGCUCAGCCAAUGGCUGCCCUCCAGCCGGAGGUCGGCGGGGGCUGACAGGAAGUUCAGAAUGGACAUCCCAGCCAUCAGGGGGAGGUCGGAGGUCAACGGAGGCUGGUGGAGGGGAGACCAGAGAGUUUUUCACGUGGCCCCGCCCGCCUCACCUGCCCAUCUCCCCCGGCAACCCUGGAGCUCCGCCCCCCGACAACCCAGCCCUGCAUCCUUCACCUCCCUCACCUCCUCCCGCCUCCAGGACAAGCAUCAGAAGCUGAGAGAGAGCCGCAGGGUGUCCAGCCUUCUGCCGUCCUUACCUCCUCUUCCUCCCGCCGCCUCCUCACCUGUUCCUCCUCCCUUCCAGUACCGCGACGACGACCUCACCAAGCCGAAGGGCAAGCGACCCUGCAAGACGAAGCACACCGGGGGUGAGGCGGCGAGGGAGGAGGAGAGAGACGGGGGAGGAACCGACGAUGAGGAGAAGAGUGGGAAGAUCUCUCCGUCUGACCCGUCUCGCUCGCCCAGCUGUCGGCCUCCCUCUCCGCAGCACACACACCCGGCCCGUCCCGUCCCUCCUGAAGUCCGCCGGCUCAUCGUGAACAAAAAUGCCGGAGAGACGCUGCUCCAGCGUGCCGCCCGCCUGGGAUACGAGGAGGUGGUGCUGUACUGUCUGGACCGACGGACCUGUGACGUGAACCACCGAGACAACGCCGGGUACUGCGCCCUGCACGAGGCCUGCGCCCGCGGCUGGCUGGGCAUCGUACGCCACCUGGUGGAUCACGGCGCCGACGUCAACUGCAGCGCUCAGGAUGGAACCAGACCGCUGCAUGACGCCGUGGAGAACGACCACGUGGAGGUGGUGCGUUUCCUGCUGGCCUGCGGCGCCGACCCGACCCUCACCUCCUACUCUGGACGAGGACCAAUCAACAUGACCCACAGUGCCGCCAUGGAAACCUUCCUGGAGGACUAUCUCUCCGACCUCCAGGGAAGGUCGGAGGGCGAUCCAGGAAUCUGCUGGGAGUUCUACGGCAGCUCGGUGUGCGAGCCGCCCGGUGAGAGCGCAGUGUACAACAUUCUCGCUGACCCACCAGGACCAGAGGAGGAGGAGGAGGAUGAAGAGGAGGACGAGGAUGAGGAGCAGCGAGCCAGGAGAGAAGUGUUUGAGUUUGAGCUGUCCGACCGCCCGCUGCUGCCCUGCUACAACAUCCAGGUGUCGCUGUCUCAGGGCCUCAGGAACUGGCUCCUCCUUUCCGACGUCCUUGCUCGUCUGCGGAUGACGUCACGGUCUUUUCGGCGUCUCUUCCCGCAGCUCAACGUGCAGUCUAUCCCUGAGGAUGAGUUCUACCGGCAGGCGUCCCUGUCGCAGCUCCUCACAGGUCCAGAUGAGCAGGAGCUGGCCUCCUUCAGGCCAGACGUCAAGGACCCUUUGGAGCUGGUGGAGGCCACCCCCGAGCUGGCCGGCAUGCUCGGCUCUUCCCUUGAGUUUGUGGACACUCGUUGGGACUCUCUGGAAGGUUCGCCACCUCCAACGCCUCCUCCACCACCGACGCCAAGACCACCACCAUCUCAAAGACUGUUGCUAAGACCACCACAACGUAUUCCACCAUUAUUACAACCUCAGAGCCAAGCGGCUACAGAAGCUGGUGCUGAAGUGGACGUUACAUUGCAAAACAAGAGUUCAGACUCUGGACAAUUCCAAGGACCUAAAACUCUGGGAUUUUCUCCUCCGGCAGCUAAAAUAGAAACCAAAAUAGAUGCUAGCAUGUGGGAACCACAACAGCUCGUAAGUAAAAAUGCUGGAGUUCCAAUUCCUACAAAGUCAAACAUGACGAUGAAUGCUAAAGUGUGGGAACCACAAAGACAACAAAGAAAGAAUAUCGCGAUCUUUAAAUCUGUUGAUCAGGACUCUAAAAUUGACUCGAACUUGGGGGAAUGGCAAAGACAACUGAGUAAGAACAUUACGAGUGUUAAUUCUGUGAAUUCCUACUCUAACAUUAACUCCAGUUUGUGGGAGCUGCAAAGACAUCAAAGUAAGAAAACUUGGAUCAGUAAUUCUGCUAAUACAGACUCUCAGAUCGUCUCUGGCUUGUGGGAACAGCAACGGCAACCAAGUAAGGAAACUGGGAUCGUUAGUUCUGCUAAUCCAGACACGAAAUCGAACUGGGAACAACAACUGCAUGGAAAUAAACCCACUAGGAACAUUCCCGUCAAGCCCGACGUGGCAGUCGGUGCUGCCACAUGGGAACCACUGCGACUACGAAGCAGGAGUGCUGUGAAUUCUGACACCAAAGAAGAAUCGGCCCAGUCAGAACCACAACAAAUACAAAAUAAGAACACUGCUAAUUCAGCAAACACUAACGGUACAAUGGAUGCUAAUACAUGGAAAAGACAAAAUCAAGGGAGUAAGACCGGCAGAGUUUUGGACUCCACAAACCCAGGUGAUUCAGCUGAGGGUCGUGUUUGGGAACCACAGCAACUGCGAAGUAAGAAUUCAGAGCUCACCAGCCCGGCGGUGGAUGCUAACAUGUGGGAGUGCCAGGGAACAAAGAGAGCAGGCGGCACCAGUGACAACCAAGGCCAAGGAGCUAAGACCAUAAAGAUGGACGCUGCCUGGCAAAGGAACUUGAGCAACGUCAGAGUCCACAUCAGGGAUCUUGGGAUGAAAGUGGGCGGAAGCAUCCGGAGAGACGUAAAGAAAGAGCAGGCGAAGGCGGCUGGGAAAGGCGCCGGGGUUCAAACAAGGUCUUGACGACACUCUGAGAAAGAGCAACAAUACAACAGUCCAUAAAGAAAAUGAACAAUUUUACACACAAACACGUGUGAAUAUUGUAAAUGAUCAGGCUCAUGUGAACAGUUCAUCCUCUGUGGAGACACUGUGACAGUAUCAUGUGUAUGUAAACUGUAAAUAUCUGUCUUUUUAAUUCAUCAGUGCAGAAGUCACUGUUGUUGAACUGGUUGUUUGUAAAUGCAGUCUGGUGUAAAUACGGUGCAGUUCUGUUGAUGUGGUUUGUUGGUUGGGAGGUGGUUUGUUACCUUUGUGUGUAAUUUUGUAUCCAGCAUCCUGUCGGCUUUCAUCACCAAAAUAUUUAUUGUCCAAUAAACAUAAAGAAUAACAAAAA